UAUACCCACCACCUCUCUCUAUAAAUACUCUCUAACACCGCUUGCCAAAAAAACCAAUCACUCAAACCAAACAAACACAAACAAAAUUUCCCAAAUCCCACUUCAGCCAAAAAAAAAAAAAAAUGCUGCAAAUGGUGCCGCAAUCCGCCGUACUAAACUACGUCGUUUGGAUCACGGCACAGCUGAAGUGGGCAUGGGAUUACCUUCUCCAUCAAUCCUUCAAUCCAAACGGCGUCGGAUUACCGGAAUACACAGACGACGACCUCAUCGUUACGAUUCAUGAAAGCGAGGAUUCCGAAUCCGACGAAUGCGCCGUUUGUCUGUGCAGGAUUGAGGAAGGUGACGAAGUCAGAGAGUUAAGGUGCGAGCAUUUGUUUCAUCGUGCUUGUUUGGACAGGUGGUUGGGCUACGGCCAUAUGACGUGUCCCUUGUGCCGGAACAACCUCCGUCUGCCGCCGCUUGAGGCGGCGGAGCUCCACCACGAACUCGUAGUGAUUGACUUCGGCGCCACCCGAUACAGUGAUCGCUGUGUGUGGUGGCUGCGCUAAUUAUUAGAUUUAGAACUAUAUAUAAAUAUGUAAGCUGUUUGUUAAUUAAGUGUUCGUUAGUUAAUUAAUGAAAUUAAUCAAUUAUAAUUAAAUGUUUUGAUGUUGUAGU